UUCAAACUUCCCAAAAUUUUAAGCUGCAAGAGAGCAACAACAUGCUUUAACACUUCACUGAAUUCUGCCUCCACAGACCUAGUACAGAAAACAUAAAAGGCACAGAGAAGAAUUCUGUGGCAGAUGCGAUGCUGCACCGCACAGACCCCUCUUCAGGACUGAAGCUUUCAGUUCCCUAGCAACCAGGGGCGUCUGCUGUUGACAGUUCAAAGCCAAGUCCAAAUCCAAGAACUGCGGCCAAAGCCACCUCACCCAAAGCAAUGCCUGCUCCAUGGAGGGAACCUUCAUCCGGUCAUUCAGAAGUCCAAGGGCCUGGCCUUCUAGUCUCAGUUGAGGACAUCUUCAAAGGGCCACCCCAGCUCAGAGCAACUCGUGGGAUUGGCUGAGGCCUCUUCUGCAAAUACGUUACAUCAGCUCUCUCUCUGCCCUAUCCUGCUUCCAUCCUCCCUCAAGGGGUUGAUCCUAAGACCACUCCCCAAUAAACUUCUUGCACACAAAUCUGUCAUAGAGUCUAUUUCCCAGAAAAUCUGACUCGCAGUAUAUUCUAUGGCUAAACAUUGUAAAUAAACACGAGAACAAAAAAAAUUGGAAAAAAUAAGCCAGGUUACUUUGCUCUUUCCCACUUCUUGCUUUUAAAAAAUCUUGCCCUCUUCCGUUUCUCUGCUAGAGAAAGGGUUCUGUUCCUUUCAGUGCCCUCCAACCUGCCUUGGGGAGGCAGCUACUGUACCCACCCCUCCCCACCUCCUCUUGGCUCUGGAGGCAGAAGCUCCAGACACCCUGCUCUCCCUGGACAGCAGGGGGCACCUCAAGCCCCAGCUCCUCCCCCUGGGUCCUCAGCUGCACUUCUCAGGCUGGUCCCUUCAGUGCCUGGCGCAGGGUGAAGACCAAAGAAGAGGAGGGGGGUGAAGCCAAGGAAUCCAUCUAGGAGAUCUAAGAGAAGCAGUCCCGCCCCUCUUCUCCAGCUGCUCCCCAGCAGGUCUCUCCCUGGGAGCCUGAGUCCAGAGAACUGGAAGUGCUGACUCUGAGGACAGGAAAAUGGGCCCUGCCGGCUAUCUCUUCCUGCUGCCCCUUCUGCUGGGGUCUUGUCUAUCCUUUUCUCUCCAAAAGAAGUCUCUGCAGUCAGUGUGUGGACGACCCGUGUACUCAAGCCGUGUUGUGGGUGGCCAGGACGCUGCUGCCAGGCGCUGGCCUUGGCAGGUCAGUGUGCAAAUAGGUGGGACCCACAUCUGUGGGGGUUCCCUCGUCAGUGACAGGUGGAUACUGACAGCAGCACACUGCAUAAGCACGAAAUGGAUUCCUUUCUUAUAUACUGUGUGGCUUGGAUCAACUGAAAUAGGCAGUUCAAAUACAGGUGUGAGGCAUCAAGUGUCCCGAAUCAUCCUCCAUCCCAAAUACCAGGGUACCACUGGAGACAUCGCCUUGUUGAGGCUACUCUCUAGAGUCACCUACAGUUCUUCCAUCAUGCCCAUCUGCUUGCCCAAUGUCAAACAGAAGUGGAAAGUUCCAGACUUCUGCUGGGUGACUGGAUGGGGAAAACUGAAAAAUGAAGAUUCUGAUUACGCUUCCACCCUUCAGGAAGCAAAAAUACCCAUCAUUGAACGCCAGACUUGUGAAAAAAUCUACAAUCCAGUUGGUUUCUUAUUGCCAGAAACAGAGCCGGUCAUCCAGGAAAGCAUGAUUUGUGCUGGUGAUCUUAAACAAAAAAAGGAUGCUUGCCAGGGUGAUUCUGGAGGGCCUCUGUCAUGUCAGAUUGAUAAUAUAUGGAUCCAGAUAGGACUGACAAGCUGGGGAGUGGGAUGCAGUCAAUCUUUUCCUGGAGUCUACACCAGUGUGAUCUACUAUCAACAAUGGGUUAACACCGUUAUCUCAAGAGCUGAGGUCUUGGCUGCCAACAAUCUGGACUUACUUGACUUACUGUCCUCUAUUGUACUGCUUUCUCUGGCUCUCCUGGGACCCUCCUAUGCCUUUGGGCACAUUUCCCUAGGAGAGUAG